AAGAAAGUGAUGAAAUCAAUUUUAAAGCUUUAAAAAAGCCGGAUUUAAUACAUUUGUUUUAUUUUUAACUGUAAUGUUACCAAAAACACCAAAGCCAGCAUUCUGGAAAUUCGUCAAAGGAAGUGCUAAAGUGUUAUUUAUAGCGGAAGCCUUUGCCUUUGCAGCUUCAUACGGAGUUUAUUAUCGCAUGAAUACUAAUCGUGAAUUCCGUCACUACGUAAACGAAAACUUCCCAUUUGUGUUGGACUACUAUUAUAAAGUAGGUGAAGUUUUAGGUGACAGUAAUUUGCGUAAACUUGAUUCUGCUGUUUGGCGUGCUGAAAAUCAAAAACGAGAAUAAGCAGUCAUAACCAAUUGGGUACCUUAAAGUUUUUUCAAAUCCUAUUCUACUACAUCAAUUAGCACUUUAGUAAGAGUACUAUCUCUUAAUAUAAUACUAUACUUAAUCACCACUAUAUCUAAAUGGCAAGCAAUCCGUAUGUUAAAUCUCUAAUCUGGUUAGUUUGUUCAGGCGGAGUUGGCUACGGACUUAUGCUACUGACCGAACCCUCUGAGGAAAAACUAGCCCGUAUUAAAGAGACCGGUGGACCAGCACAUCUAUCCAACGAAGAACUUAAGAAACUACAAUUUAUGCAACGUAUGCGUGAAGCUGCUACCGGAGAAGUACCACCAAUUUACAUGCAGAAAAAAGAGAAGUAAUUAAUUACCAUUGAAGGAAUCAAUU